UUUCUUUCGGGCGCCGUGGAGGUCUCCCAGAUUCUUGUGCUCCUCCUGGCCGUGGCGUCCGGCGGCGGCGGCGGCGGCGUGCCCUAAAUCCAGCGGCUUUUACCAGUGUGCUUUUUGGGAAACGGCAGAGAUCUACAGCAGCGUUGUCACGCAUCUGCUUGCCAGGUCUGAACUGAUGGAGACAAUGUACAGAAACGAGGCAACAGCAACUGAUUGUCCUGAAGACAAUGAUAAAGGCGGACAUGGUAUAACCAAGAAUGGGCAAUACAUUCCAUGGAUGGCCCGUGCAAUGGGGAGGCGGGGGAGGAGUUGAUAAACAAAACAAGGACUAACUCCAGUGCAACCACUAUAAUCAUCCCAGACCACAGUCCGCAGUUCACAAAUGAUGCGCUCUUUGAUGUGUUACACCACUUGGUGCCAAUCUUGGAAAAGGACAAUGUCCGAUCUUUCCUCUGUUUCUUCAAUGAGAAUGGAAUCGGCAUGACUUGGGGUUUCAUCAUCACGCCAGAAACUUUGAACCAAAUAGUCGUGUAUGAUGCAGUACGAUGUGCCAAAGUUAUCCUGGUUGGUAAGCAUCCUGAGCUUCACGGGUUCCGAGCCAAUCCCAACUGCAUGACACGAUAUGGGUUCUUUCCCCUCCACCGAGCUGCUGAUAUGUUCUCUGUUGAUAUGAUUGAGUUGCUCUUGCGCCAUGGUGCGUCGGCCAAUUUACGCACAUCUGGUGAUGUGGUCACCGGUAACCUACUCCCACUCCAUGUUGCGGUUGAGAACACUUGCAUGCAUAAGUACCUUGAGGACAGUCUGAAUCCUAAUCAACAGCAAGUGGGCUGGAGCCAGGCAGAUUUCAACUAUAUCCUCAAGCUUAUUCACGUCCUGUGCCUACCCGAAAUGAAACUCUUCUUGGAUACGACUAGGCUGCUAGCCAACCACACAGAUAAUCUGUUAGAUGAGCUCUGCAAGUACAUAGGAGAUGGAAAGAUCGUCCAUGCAGUUGUUUUGCUCCUAGCAGCUCAAAAGCAGAUCCGCGGGCUAUCUUCCUGCAAGGGAUGGGGGGAGUAGUAAGCGAGAUGGGUUUGGUACUAUCACUAACUAUGUUCUGGACAACAUUACUGCUAUAAGUUUGGAGAUGUGCAAAAACACACUGGAAA